AUGUCACUUUAUUUGAUUGAUAUUUUUCCCCAAAUGCGUGACAAAGAUAUUAAAUUAUUUACAGAACUUUAUCAAAAGAUAUCAAACGAAUUUUCAUGCAUCAGUAAACCGAAAAAUGAGAAAUUGACGACGCUUCUGCAUUAUAAAGGUUUCAAAUUCGAAAAUUUCGAACCUAAAAUGACAGAAGAAGAAAUCCUCAAUUUGUAUUCAACAGAAUCUCCUUUAUACUAUAUUGCAUGGGAUAAAGUUGAUGAACUUGAAUCUAAAUUCUCAAACCUUGAUAUUGAUCAGAAAAUUAAUGAAAUCACACCACUUGAUUGUGCAAUUAAAUAUGGAUCAGAAUUGUGUUUCAAUUACUUGAAAAUUUUAGGUGCUAAAUACACUUUUGAAUCGGGAAAAUAUGCUGUUCAAGCCGGAAAUAAGAACAUUUUUAUGCAAAUGAUAGCAGAAGGUAAUUCAUUUAAUAACAUGAUUAGUACAGCAUUGGAUUAUCAUAACUAUGAAAUUGCUGAGUACUUUAAAUCAAAUUUUGGACAAACUAAUUAUUCAAUAGCAGAAAGUAUGCAUUUCGGAAAUUAUGAAGUUGCAUCUUAUUUACUUACUCAUGGAGGAAUUAUCAACAUACGCUAUAAUCCUUUUCUUUUCAUGUUUAUCAUUGAUUUAUGA